AUGGUUGUUAUGGUGAUUAUUGUGAUGGUGAUGGUAUUGUUGACGGUGAUGGUGACGGAAAUGGUUGUGAUGGCGGUGUUGGUGGGGAUGGUGUUGAGGAUGGUUAUUAAAGUGAUGGUGGUGGUGAUGGUGUUGUUGGUGAUUGUGGUUGAUGGAGAUUAUGGUGUUGAUGGUGGUGGUGGUAGUGGUGGUGAUAAUGGUGAUGGUGAUAGUGGUGAUGAAGGUAGUGGUGAUAGUAAGUUUGUUGAUGGUUGUGAUGAUGGUUAUGGUGAUGGUGGUAUUGGUGAUGGUGGUGGUGGUCAUCGUGGUAGUGAUGGUGGCGGUGAUGGUGUUGGUGGUGGCGAUGAUUGUGGUCGUUUUGAUGGUAGUUGUGGUGGCGGUUGUUUUGGUGGUGAUGAUGGUGAUUGUUAUGGUGGUUGUUGUAGUGAUGGUGGUGUUGAUGGUGGCGGUUUUGGUGGUGGUGAUGGUAUUGCUGAUGUAGAUGGUGGUUAUGGUGGUGGUGACAAUUGUGGUCGUUUUGAUGGUAGCGGUGGUGGUGAUAGUGGUCGUGAUGGAGGCUGUGGAGGUGGUGAUAAUGAUGUUGGUUAUGUUUGGGUGGUGGUAAUGGUGGUGAAAAAGGUGAUGGAAGUCGUGGUGGUGGUGAUGGUGGUUGAUAUUGAUGAUAUUGGUUGUGGAAUUGGUGGUGAUGGUCCGUGUGAUGGUGGUGGUGAUGAUGGUGAUGAUGAUGAUGGUGAUUAUUGUGGUGGGGAUGUGAGUCGUGAUGAUGGUGGUGGUGGUUGUGGUGGCCGUGGUGGAGGUUGUUUGGUGACGGUUGUGAUGAUUGUGGUGCUGAUGUCGGUGUUGUACGUUGUAGUGAUGUUCUCCGGUUACUUUAUGGUCGCCAAACUGUAA